CAUAUUUGAAUCUUAAAACUUUAGAAAUCAAAUUGACAUUUCUAAAUGUUAAAGCAAAACUCAAUUUUUAAAAUUCAUAUUCAACCUUUUUUGCAUAAUAAUCGAUUCUUUGGGAAUCAUCAGGCAAAUCGAUCUUAAGCCAUCGACAUUCUAUAUCGUAUAUAUUGCGUUGCAAUAAUUUGGAACUUUUGAAGAUUGCAACUCUCAAGAAACCAUCAACACCCAACGCAACAAGUAUGGCACAUAUUCAAGCAACUGAUUUGGCUACAAUAAUACAGCAAGUUAAAGAGCUAACUGCAACUUUCGAACAACUUGUGUUGCAGAUUAAGCCAGAGGUUGCAAAUCAACAGGUAGAAUUUGGAUCGCAAAACAUUAACUGCUUUUACGAUCUCUACCGUUUGUGGCAAGAGCAAGUGGCUAAUUUCACAGCCAUUCAAAAUAUACAAGCUGAAGAGUUUCAGAAUCAAAUAUUGGAGAUGAACAAAUUGCGUGAGGAAAUAUUGAAUAAUCUUAAAAAUCAAGAGGAGACCCAUAUGCGUCAAAUAGACCAACUAAAGCAACAACAUAAAAGCGAACUGGAGGCAAAGGACGAAAGAUGCUUGAAGCUCGAGCAAGAACUGUUGCGCCUACGUGAAGACAAUGAGCGAAAUACACAAUGCUCCAUAUGUUUGGAUCCAUGGACAUUUACCGGUCACCAUCGCUUGGUAGCAUUGCACUGUGGCCAUCUAUUUGGAGAGCCGUGUAUUCGGGAUUAUCUGCAAAGAGCUAAUGCGUGUCCCAAUUGCAGAGCUAUGGUUUAUCCAAAAGAUAUUCGAUAUAUCUACGGAAGACCUUUAUAAUAAUUUCGUUGGUUUCGUGUUAUUAAUGUUCAGUUUCAGUUGAAAAUGUUAAAUAAAGUUUAUCAAGUUUA